CGCUGGCAGAGAGGGAACCGCGCUCUGUCGCUCUUUCCUCCAUAAUGGACGAAGCUCAUAGUCUUGUAGGCCAGUGCGGAGAUGCCCCAGUAGUCGUUCCCGACGAUGGGCAGGAUAAUACCGUGGACAUGAAUUCAAGUCCUCAGGGUCUGACGGUCACCGCCAUCAAAGUUGUCGAUACUAGUACUCCGAAGACUACUAAUACUGAAUCGGCCAUUCAACCUGCGACGGACACAGCUUCUCUUCCCACGAAUACUCAACAAUCCCUUGAUAAUGCAAGCAUCCACAGCCUGCCCGUCAUACCCGCUUCCUCAGUUCAAACACCCACUACUGCGUCCACAGAUCCGUUGUCGGAACCAAGUAGUAGGCUAAUUGAACGAUCGAAUUCGACCAGAAACAAUCGCAGGUCUGUCAUGGAUGCACGUCCCUCCAAUCGCCUCUCUGGCUUUUGGUCAAAUUUAAUACAUCGGAGGGAUACAAUUACCCCAUCUUCUUCCCGAACAUCUGCUCGAGAUGAUGGGCCGCAGCCACCCGACCCAGUUCAGUCUGAUUCUAGGUCCAUAUCUCCACCUCCUACACCUACCAGACCUCUUACGCCUCCACCUUCACUCGCCCCUCCAACUCUGAGAGAACUCGGUCUCUCCCUAUCAGUCGUCACAGAAGAUUUAUCUCCUUCACACUUUACCACUCCUCCUACCAGUGGGACUUUUAUGGCACCUCACUACCUUCUUCUGUGCCAUGCCCAAGGACUUGAUGUCCUUCCUCUCGUGUCUCCCCCAGCCGCCCAUCCUUACGCGCUGGUGCGCAGGGUCAGUUUUAAGAGUGUGGUCGUCAUGGAACAUCGCGGUGUAUUAGUGGCCAUAGCAGGCAGACGAGACGGUGUUCGUGUUUAUGCAUUGGAGGAAGUCAAAAAAGCCGUAGAGUGGCGUAUGGAGGUUGAGACUCGACGAGAACGUGAACGAUCUAGGAGGGAGGAAUCGAAGAGGGUGGGAUCUGGCAACUCCAGUGUAGAUUCAACCGAGGCGAAAUUCAGGUCAUUGACACGUUCGGGACAGGUUCUCAAGACAGAAAAGCUUCUCAGAAAGUCGUCAUUACCGACAGCCUCAACGCAGAAAUUGCCCAGGCCGCCCACAGUCCAACCUGUAACACCCCACCAGCCAGCCGAACAGCCCCCACCUUAUUCUGCAGUAACCGAAAUCACUCGACCCCGUUUGCAGACACAACCAUCCACCAUUUCGGUUAACCUCUCAAGGUCCCGUCGUUCGUCCCUUUCUCAUGUAAUUGUUCCCCCCGUCCCAUCCCUACCCAAUAUGGGUUCCGGUACAGAGCAGGAAGACCCGAUGGCCAAGACUGUAGAUUGGCUCGAGGCGAGUGACGAUGAAGCCAUCGAUGUACUAACCGCAGGUGCAAGCGGUAGUCAAGCUUUGGAUGAACGCACUAGCGCUAUUCCCCCACCCCGAAACAGCGAUACCGUCGAAGGUGGUUCUACGUCACUUCCCGUACGCAGUUCAGCCACAUAUAGUCGAAGGAAUCGUCCCGCGAACUUAGAUCUGACUCUGGCACAACCGAACACGAUACUAGCUCAACCCCCUGAACCAUCUCCAACCCUGCAGACCAUUCGACAAGCAUUGCGGAGUUCGCCGCCAAGCAUUCGCACAACACCUCCAACGCCGGCUCCCGCUGAUGAGCCACCUCAAAGACGCCCUGUUCCAGAUAUCGAUCUAGAUGAUGAUGAUGACGAUGGCGCGACUGGUACAAUCGACCGUAUAACGCUUGCUCAGGCUCUUUUGGAGAGCAGAGUUCCUGACCUCCCACCAGCAGGGACAACGAGACCACAAGCUCCGAUUAUGAUUGGGGCAACUCCAUCAGGUACAGAUGAUGAUGCGCCACUCAGUCCUCCAUCACAGGACGGUCGCUCUUUACGGCGCCGCCCGAGUACUACGAAUUUUUCUGAAAGGCGAAGAAGGAGGUGGUCAGUACUGGCUGGCAUCUUCAACGGCAGUGGUUCGUCUGAUGCUCCCCACUCUAAUGUCCCUGUGAUGUAUGAUACUCCUCUGGAGUCCCCCACAUCUCCAACAUCUCCGACGAUACCCAUACCCGGGGCUGAGGAAAGGUUCCCAACUCUGACACGUUCAGCUUCCACACGUUCACGUCCCUCAGAACCCCCUCAGCUUGUUCCACGUCCUUCGACCUCAGGAGGACAUAGCGUAUCCCCUACCGUCAAUCGACCACCUUUACCCACUUUACCCAUUCCUCCACAUCCGACAAUUCACGCUCGCCUUCUUCCUCGCAUUAUAAGCAAUGCAUUCAGUUCCAGGAGGUCUACCGAGCGGCCUCCAGCGCUGGUAUUUACAGAGCCUGAAAGGAAGAAUGGAUCACAGACACUUACAACAUCACUACCUCCUCCAAAGCUAGACUACGUCAAGCUACCGGGUACGAAAGGCUCCCUUAUCAUCAAGGCCGUGGAGACGCCAAAAAAGAGCUUUCUCGCUAUUCUCUGCGGAGAUAAUGGCGAAAAGGUUGAGCUUUUUGCCGGGACGUAUCGAACUGCCCUGGGUCUUUCACGUACCUUCAUCCUUCCCGAUUCUCCGCGUUCUUUGGAACUCCAGCUGCAGGGUGAUGACCUUGUCGAAGUAUUUCUUGUCUUUUCUCAGAACGUCUUUGGCUUGGAACCUGCCACAGUACGAGUUCGCGAGGUCCGAAUUGGUCGAGCCGAGCGACGUGCAGCUCGGCGAAGAGUUCGAGAAAUACGCUCGGGUCAGCCAGACGUCUUUGACACAGACCCACCUCCACAAGAUGACGAGGAUACCAACAUCAGUAUCAGCAAUCGACUUUCAUUACCAUCCGGCGAUCCGUCUAGAAAUAAUUCUAAUACUAAUCUCCCAGACGCGCCAGUAUCUCAAUCGCAGACACCAACUGGUGGUGCCCCUGGAUCUGCUCUUGCACAUGCUGAAGAGCUUGUAGCACUAGCCUCCGCUCCUCUUGGCCCAUAUACCACCUUCCAACAGUUGUCCUAUGCGCCAAAGUUGCCUUUGGCUACUAUCGCUGAUGACUAUAUCAUUCCACCAACAUAUCCCGAGUUCCUUGACUACCGUGCCGAGCAUGAACCCGAUGCUCAAGGUAAUGCCAAUGUUGACCUAGCGUCUAUACAAUUUUCACCUCCUGGCCUACCCAUGCCAGCAGCAGCACCGCCUUCUAGAUGGCUUUACCGCGAUCCGAAAGGAGUUGUGCACGGGCCCUGGAAAGCCAGCCUUAUGCAAGCGUGGUAUAAGGAUGGUUUGCUUCCACCAGAUCUACCAGUUCGCAAAGAGGAGGAGAAAGUGUUCAUGUUACUCAAGGAUCUGAGGCAGCAGUGCGUUGAUCCUUCCCAUCCGUUCCGGUCAGCAACACCACCAUCGGCAGCCCAGCACGCUCCUCCUGCGUUGGAUGCUGCCAAACCUCUCUUAGCCCCAAUAUCUCUUCUCGUCCAGCCUCGACAUUUCGGCCCGCCUGCACUGUUCUUCUCUUCACGUGGCGGCCACAGUACGUCCAUAGUCGAUGCUCGUGGUCGGGCUGUUCUCAAAGGCCGCUUUAUCUGGAGCACGGACAACGAUGACGAGUCGAUUCCCCGCAUGGGAGAUGUUAAGCGUGUAGAGGCUUUUGACGUCAAAGACCGCUCUGUCCUCGUGGCUAUGCGCCAAGGGGGCGUGGAAGCGGUGGAUUUUGGUGACGCGUUACUCAAACCCGCGGAUGAGUCGCGUACCCUGUUACCCCAAUUCGCACCGCCGCCAUCGAAUAUCAAUAGACGUGGACCGUUCGUUUGGAAGAUGGGCACUCCUGUCGGUUCCUCCACAUCAAAUGCCAUGGCCCUGUCGUCAAAGACAAAAGGGUCAGGCUACCUUGGGAAGAAGCCAAAUCACACUACGGGGAAAUCUCCUGCAAGAGCGGAGUUCAAUAGCAUGGGAGAUGGGGACACCGAGAGCACAGACGAGGUGCUCUUUCUUGGGCGUCAGGGAGACGAGGUUUUCCUAUGUGAACGUAAUGCUGGUGCAUUCCGGAUACUGCGACUAAGUCCCGAUUUGUCGUAAUCAUUGUCAACUUAUUAUGCCUAGAUCUUCUUGCAACAUUUCCAUUCAGCUGUUGUUUU